CUUUGAACCGGUGUCAACAAACAACAACAACAAUAUUUUCGUCCUAGCUACACCCGACUUGGCAACCACAUUACCAAAGAACAUCAACACUGGCGAAUAAAGCCGAGGAGAGUGACAAACUAACUCUUACUAACACCCAAACGUCAAAUUUUCUUCUUUUUUGUCCUCACUUUGGACUCCUCGGAGGGUUUUUUUGGCCGCCCCGGGACAUUGGUGCCUGGCCGGUUGAGGCUAACCCUAAACCGAGGCUAACCGAGGCUUAGCCUUCCAGGAACACUUCGUCGCAGUCGGAGAAAAAAAAAAAAGAAGAAAAAUAAAAAAGGCGACUUUCAACGACGUCCUCCGUCUGCGGACUCGGUGUCGGUACGGCAGCCUCCCCGUUAGGAGGGGGUUUCUGUUGUCACUGGGGUGGUGGUGGUGGAGGUAUGACUGCGUUGGCGGGGUCAAUACCCAGGAUGAUGCGACCCACGCUGGCUCAGAACUACCCCCGCAGCGGUUUCCCUCUGGAAGUGUCUACCCCGCUGGGUCAAGGCCGAGUGAACCAGCUCGGAGGAGUUUUCAUAAAUGGCAGACCUUUGCCCAACCACAUCCGACAUAAAAUCGUGGAGAUGGCCCAUCACGGCAUCAGGCCGUGUGUCAUCUCACGACAGCUCCGGGUCUCACACGGCUGCGUGUCCAAAAUCCUGUGCCGGUACCAGGAGACGGGCUCCAUCAGACCCGGGGCCAUCGGUGGCAGCAAACCCAAGCAGGGAACAACGCCGGACGUAGACAAGAGAAUAGAAGAAUACAAGCGGGAAAACCCGGGUAUGUUUAGCUGGGAGAUUCGGGAUAAAUUACUGAAGGAUGGGAUAUGUGACCGCAACAACGUCCCUUCAGUGAGCUCCAUCAGUCGCAUCAUGCGGAGUAAGUUCGGUGGGAAAGGCGACGAGGAGGAGGAUGAGGAUGAAAUCGAGAAGAAAGAGUUGGAGGACAACGACCGCAGGGCCAAACACAGCAUCGAAGGCAUCUUAGGAGACAGAUCGAGUCACUCAGAUGAGGGUUCGGACGUGGAGUCGGAGCCUGACCUGCCACUCAAGAGGAAGCAGCGGCGCAGUCGGACCACCUUCACGGCAGAGCAGCUGGAGGAGCUAGAGAGGGCCUUCGAGAGGACCCACUACCCCGACAUCUACACCAGGGAGGAGCUCGCCCAGAGGGCCAAACUCACCGAGGCCAGGGUUCAGGUUUGGUUCAGCAACAGGCGGGCGAGGUGGAGGAAGCAAGCAGGAGCUAAUCAACUGAUGGCAUUUAAUCACCUGAUCCCAGGGGCUUUCCCACCUUCAGCCAUGUCCAGCAUCCCCCCCUACCAGCUCUCUGACAGCACCUACCCCCCCUCAUCUAUAGCACAAGUGUCGGAGCCCCCCAGCACGGUGCACCGGCCCCAGCCUCUCCCUCCUUCCUCAGGCCACCAAGCCUCCGGCGGUGGAGGGCAGGGAGAAGGAGGAUCCGCCUACUGCCUCGCCUCCGGACGCCACACCUUCUCAGGCUACUCGGACAGCUUUGUGACCCCCGGGGGACCAACCAAUCCCAUGAACCCCGCCAUAGGAAACGGACUCUCCCCGCAGGUGAUGGGUCUGCUGAACCCGGGCGGCGUACCACAUCAGCCCCAAAGCGACUACGCCAUCUCCCCUCUGACGGGCGGCCUCGAGCCCCCCGCUGGCAUGGCGGCCAGCUGCAGCCAGCGCAUGGAUCACAUCAAAGGCCUGGAGGGUCUCACCAGCGUCCCCUCCAUGUCGGCUCUGCCCUCCCUGCCUAGCUCUCAGUCCUACUGCACCCCCUCCUACAGCUCACCGGGCUAUACCGUCGACCAUGUGGCGUCCUACCAGUACGGCCAGUACGGACAAAGUAAGGUGCCCUUCCUUAUCUGAGGCCUGAAAUCACCUGAUUACAAACUCCAGACGUCACAGAGGAACAUUUGCGUGUACAGCAGCGGUGGAAAUCUUUUUUAAUAACUGGACCAAAAUUGUGUUACCAUUUACCAGGACACAUUCUCUACUGCAGGAUGUUACAUUAUUGAUUCUUGAUGGAAGAAAUGGACAAAAUAAAAAAGAAGGGACCACAAGAAGGAAUACCAGACCAAAAACUGUUUGACUGUGAACGUUGCUGCAUCAGUAUUGCAGACGACUGGCAGAGAUGUCAGCGCUUAAUGUGGUUAGCUCAGUGGAGUUCUGCCUACAGUGCCGUGAAGAGGCACUUUCCACAGUGACCAAACACCAUUUGUGGAGUCCAACCCAAAUCUUAUCGUCAUGGACUACAAUUCCUUCGAGCUGAUGCUUAAAGGAGCAUGUUUACAUAUCUUAGGGCCACAUGAGUACAUAUGAAAUUCCAUGUAUUUCCAAAUUAAUCCCCAAAUUGUAUCCGCUGAACGGGGGAAAAGAAAAGGGCUUUGUUGAUUUUAUUGCAUUUAUUUGAGAUCUCUGCAUCCCACACAUGGAGAGAAAUUCCAGAGGCAGAGAAAACAAACGUGAGCAUACGAAUCUGUGGAUUUUAUUCUAUCAGAAACUCUAAUGUACACCACAGCUGUACUGCAGAGAAAGGUCAUUCAAACAUUCCUCCUACCUCCCCCCUCUGUCUCUCUCCUCCAGCCUUUCUGUCUUACUCCCUCUGUCUCAUUGAUGUUUUGGACGGUGAGGCAGAGAUCCCGAGCCUUUUGUAGUUUUAGAGAGGAACUCGGAGGAGGUCAGGAGGUGACUUUAGGGAAAGUGACAGAUGAGAGAGCAGCAGAGGAGGGCGGCGGCAAAGUGGCUUUAGGAGAAGGGAGGGUGGAGGGGGGGAGAGUGGAUAGGCAAGAUCGAUCACAGGGUUUAAAAAAAAAAAAAAAAAACUUUAAAGAUCCUCUCCCUGCGAGAAAAAGCGACCAGGUCACAAGUCACGACCGAAAGACACUUGAGAAACCAAGAGACAGAGAGAGUUUAGACUAAAGACAGCCAUUCUCCCAGCUGACCAGAAGUGCAAUAUCAUGUAUCUUAAGAGUCAACCUCAUAAUUAAAACAAUAAAAAAGAAAAUCAAAUGUGCCUCUUAAAGUCUUACGAAACACUUUGGGUUCAUACUCUGGAUCUAGUUUGGGACUUUGUAAAGGAACAACACAUGUGCCUUUGAAGGCUUUUGGGUCUACAACAAAUUGAAACAUUGCUAAUAUUGCUGUAACAGGAUACUUAGGGGACCACAUUUGUAAGGACUUAAGUCAGUGUAGCGUCAUUAAGAAAAGAAUGAAUCAAGGGAAUGCCAAUGUAAACAGAAAAUUACCAGGAAUGACAAAGCCAAAACUGUAUUUUACUUUAUUUCAUUUUUUCCUGUUGCUCGGGACCUGUUGUUUUAUUUUUUAUUUUUUUCAUUCUUUUGUUUCCAUUUUGCAUACACAGGAAAUAUCGAUGAUAACACAUUCCGGACAUAUUUAUUGUCACAACUGUGUGUCAACAGCAUCAUUGUAAAACUUCCCACAAUGUACAAGUGAGUGACAAAAACUUUAUCCACGAAACUCCGGCUCAGAAUAACAAGAGUGCCUUCAGAAAGCGCUCAUGUUUUGUACAUGUGUCUAUGUUAGAAUGAACCAGUCCUUUCAUUCCUCUGAUAUAUUUUUUUGUAUUAUUGGACAAAGCGAUAUGACGUAACGUCAUGUGUACAAGCGCAUUAUCACUU